AUGACUGACAGACACGGCAGGGAUGUGGGUGGGCAGUCUCCCAAGAGAGAGGCCCCAGAACUAGGGCAUGCUGGGAGUUGUAGUUCCAGUACCUCCCUGGGGCUGGACCUGCGUGUUCUGGAAGACUCACUCCUCACAGAGAAACAGAAGCUGCGGAUCGUACUGAACUGGGCUCAGAACGUCCUCCGAACCGGCCCUGAGGACGAACAGAACCCGGCCAGAACCAGACGGACUGCUCGGAACUUGGAGAACUCGAGGAGUACACUCUCACCUUCAGAACCGCUUCCCUGGAGUGUGGAGAACCAAGCCCAGGCCUGCUCACCUCAAAGCAGUGAGACUCCGCUAGGACCAAACAAGCUCACCAGACCACCUCCACCCCACCACGCACACCACACACAGACCACCACGAAUGACCCGGAUUCCCAGUCGAAGACCAAGACCACGUCUCGUGUCACUUCCUGUAGCAAGUCAAGUGACAGUAUCCUAGUGUUGCCGAGCUACGGCCUUCCCUCCAGGUCACCUGACCUCUCGCACUCCCCCGCUGCCUCUGGAGUGAGCUGGGUAAAGGGCGGCGAAGUUCACGGUGAUAGCUUACAAACUCAAGAAAAGCACAACGUAGUUAAAGAACAGGAGGAGGCGGAACACACCGCACGAUUCAAGAACAUCCACAGAGAGAGGAGAACCAGUAGCGUGAGAACUGAGGACCAGAACCCCGGUUCUGAGUCGGGGGUGACCCCGGGCCCUAGUGUGUACGAGGAGUACCUUGUCUGUCUGUCUCGUUUGGGCCGCGUCAGACCAGACCACAACCAGGACGUCACUGGCAGGUCGGAAAAGGGUCAAAACGCAUCGACUGGUGACAGAAGAAGUACGACGCUGGUCGGCACGGAGACCAGACUUGGUGAUGUCACAGCUGAGGUUUCCGUGGACUGUGAUUGGAGGACUUCUCCUGAUGUUGUUGUCACAGCAACUGUCUCUGUGGACCCUGGUAGGAACACAGAUGGUGACAUCCCUGCUGACAACAUCAGCACACUCGUGAACCCUGAUAGGACCACAGCUAGUGUCAUCACCACAGCAACAGAACCCAUGGACCCUGAUCGUAGCACACCUGCUGACAUCAUCAACAUGCCCGUGGACUGUGAUAGGGCCACAGCCAGUGACAUCAUGACCACAGCCAAGGGGGACAGUGGGACAGUUUCAGGUGGUCCUAGGAGGGUCCCUGUAGAGGAGGAGGGAGGUGAGGGGUCAGGCAGGCAGGGCAGCAGUCAGGAGCAGGUCUGUAGGACGGCCUCGGCUUCAAACACUCCAGAGGAGAAGACUGAGAGAGUGCUGCGGCCAAGGAGCAGCAGUGGCCGUCCGGGGGUCAGAGGUCAGACCAGGGGUCGUGGCUGGAGGUUCUGGGAAAAGUCCAGUCUCUCCUGGUCAUCCUUCACUCAUGGAGAAACGUUGCCACGGUCAUAUCUCUCCACCAGGCCUCUGUCUACAGGAGCCAGAGAGACCAGACAGGCGACCCCAACAGCACAGCCCUUCCCUGGUCCCAGAACUCCUCCACCUGCCCCCAAAGGCACCCAGAAGAUAUCCAAAAUCAAAGAUACCCCCAUGGCAGCUGCCAAGACAACGUCUCCAGGGCGCAGUGUCUGCGCCCUCUGGCUGUGUCUCCCAGAUGAGGUGUGGCUCUCCAUCCUGGUGCUGCUCACACACUGUGACCUGUCCAGGCUGGCCCAGGUGUGUCGCCACCUGCUUCGACUGGCCCAUGACCACACUCUCUGGCAACACAUCAGGGUAGAAAACUGCUCCACUCUGACGGACCAAUGGCUGAGUUGUGUGGGCGGGCGUAGACCAAGAAGUCUGGCACUUCAUAGGUGCAGUGGCCUGUCCGUUACCUCCAGUGGACUAGAACUGUUCUUGUCCCAAAGUAAAGACUCUCUGGAGGAGCUGAGGGUCACCGGUUGCAUCGGGCCUGGUUUCCACGGCGACCUGGUGCUGUGCGUGAUUGGCCAGUGUUGCGAUCACGUGACCAGCGUGGAUGUGAGCUGGAGCGGAGCGACUGAGAUGGGUGUCAAGGCGCUGGCUGAGAUGAGCUCUGGUCUGAGAAGCGUUGUUCUCAAUGGCUGCCAGGUCACCGAUGACGCCCUGACAGCCCUCGCCACGAGACAUGGACAGAGCCUGUCCAGGCUGGAGGUGUUUGGCUGCCUGGCCGUCAGUGCCUGCUGCCUGGUCACUGUGGCGAAGGCGUGUCCUGGUCUACAGCAUCUCAACCUUGGACAGGUGCCCAAGGUCAGCCACUCCUGUCUCACUCUGAUGACAUCACGACUCCCACACCUGCGCACACUCAACCUGAUUGGACUGCACGCUGUGAGUGAUGUCACGGUAGACCAGGCUCUUCAGCAGCUUCCUGACCUCUGCUCCCUGACCCUCAGCUCAUGUCCCGGGGUCACAGACCUCAGUCUGCACAGGAUCAGCACACACACACCCCACAUCAGGUCCCUGGAUGUGAGUGGCUGCAGGGAGGUGGGAGAUGGAGGGGUGCAGGCUGUCGCUCUGGGCUGUAAACGACUCCAGCACCUGGACCUCAGCUCCACAGCUGUGGGGAGCAGGGGGGUGAACCUGCUGGCCAACUAUUCCAGCGUGCACCUUCUCACCAUCAAACUCAGCUUCUGUCAGGUCAGCAUGGAGUCCAUCCUCAAACUCUGCAGACGCUGCAAGAGGUUGAAGCUUCUGUAUCUGUAUGGCUGUGUCCAUGUCCCCACUAAGAGACAAAUUAACAAUAUAAAUCCAACUGUUCAACUGUACCCUUAGACCUGAAACACACACAAAAAUGCUAUUUAUUUGAAAUUCUGGACAUCUGUUUGAUCAUUAUUACAUUUUUGGCACAAUUAUACCUUAGAAGUCCAUCAAAACAUGUAGUUAGUUGGAUAGAUAAAGACAGGCAU